AUGCCUUACAUCUACCCAGGUGCCUCUACGGGCUCCAGCGCAGGCUCAAGGCGCACCCAAUCUGCGAGCUUUGGUCUAGACUCCAUGACCUGCUUUAACUGGAUGCAUCUGUUAUCCGAGGAAGGGCAGAAAUGGAUUGAAUCUCGGACGGGAGAAAAGGUCCGCUUCGAAGAGCUAUACGCCCCUGAUCUUCCUUGGGCCAACACGCGUCGACUGUAUAUGGAAACCCUGAAUUCUGGCUCGAUUCAUGAACUCCCGAGUCGAUGCGCGGUGGAAGGCUACGUCAAGCAGUACUUCGCGUCGUUCCAAAGCCUUGUCUUUCCCGUGAUCAGCCAGUCGCUCUUUGAGAAGACCCUAGAUCUCGCCUACGGACCACAUAGCGCUUUCGGCUCCGCCAGUGCUAGGUCAUGUGUCUAUGCAUUCAUCGCUGUGGUGAACCUUUUUGAGGUUGGGGACAACUUCCAGGAAGCCAUGGAUUGUGGGUACUUUGCUUCGGCGGCACAAACCUUCAUGGUGCAGCUCACUCAAGAGAUGACAAUUGAUGGACUCCAGGCGGUCGUAAUGCUUAUUCUAUUCCAGUACUUCUUAGGAGAUUUACAGGCGGCUGCCGUAUCUGUAUCGAUCGCCACCCGCCUCCUGUAUACACUUGGCGCCAAUACAAUGUCUGGCGUUGAUUCAUCCGAUUGUUCGCAUCCUGAUGACAAGAAUAUUGAGGAAUGUCAUCUGCGAUAUCUCUUCUGGAUUUGCUAUUCAUUUGACAAGGAUAUCUGUUUACGAACCGGACAGCCACCCGCGAUCAACGACAGCUACUGCAACCUGACACUCCCAUCUGACUACGCGCGGCUGCAGGACUCUAAUAUUCUGCGAGACACCAUGUCAAUGGAUACGCACACUCUUCCACUUUUCCCUUGGGACCUUCGACUCUCCAAGAUCAAGUCUGAAGCAUAUGAGGCCCUUUACUCUGCCGGCGCACAACGCAAAUCCGACUCCGAAAUCCUGUCCAGCAUUCGGACUCUUGACGAAGCACUAGACCAGUGGAGGGUAUCUCUACACUCUGACAUCCGGCCCACCUUAUUAUUCUCGCACGAGAUGCCGGUUAGUGCGAACCUGAACACGCAGGCAGUGAUGCUGCGGCUUGCAUACUAUCACUGCGUUACCAUGAUCCACCAAGCCAGCGAAAGAGGCAGACUGUCGAACGAUGGCACCGCGGGUGGGAUUAACACCAGUAUCAGCCUAGCAAUCAAUGCCAGCACGUCAACGCUGUCUUAUCUCCAGACAGUACUGCCUGUAGUGAAGGGUGAAUGCUUUUGGGUCCUCCUCUUUUACGCCAUAACUGCCAUCCUGACCCUCUUCCGCGAUAUUCUGCAUAACCCCCUCGGCCCUAAUGCUCAUUCCCAUGUGCAUAUACUGCGCGAAGUUCCAGAUUUGAUCCGCAGAAUUCCUAUUCGAAAGCUCACUGUGGGCGAAGCUAUUCACCUCAGAUUUCUGGAUGGGUUCACCACCGAGUUGGCGAGGUUAGGGGCAUGCGCCAUUUCCCAAGCGCAGCAAGAGGCGACAGCCGUGAGCGGUACUCAAGCAUUGGAUUCGGACGUGCAGUAUCCUCUAUAG